AUUCUACUAGAGCUUGAGAGGACAUUCUUUCUUCUUCCCCUUCCCUACCUAGGCCAACCCUUCUCCUAUAAGUACAACCCCUCACAAGGACAUGAGUGUGCAAGCAUGGUUUAAUUGUUGUUGCCUCCUCUCAAGCUAGCUAGCUAUACUACUCCGAUCCUCUCUCGCUUAUUGAAACCUAGCUACUGCUUCACAUGUAGCGCGUGCUGCAACUCGUGUUGUGUCACUCACACACACAUCCAAGAACCAAGAUUCCGAGGUAACCAACGCUCGAUCUUUUACUUACCCUAUCUCCCGACGAUCGAUCGAUCGAUCGAUGGAGGGGAGCAGUAAUAGCCCGGAUAGGCAGUCGUCGGGCGGCAGCCCGCCGGAGGAGCGCGGCGGCGGGGGAAGCGGUGGAGGAGGAGGGCGGAGCGCCGCCGGCGAGCCGGUGCGGUCGCGGUGGACGCCCAAGCCGGAGCAGAUACUGAUCCUGGAGUCCAUCUUCAACAGCGGCAUGGUCAACCCGCCCAAGGACGAGACCGUCCGCAUCCGCAAGCUGCUCGAGAGGUUCGGCGCCGUCGGCGACGCCAACGUCUUCUACUGGUUCCAGAACCGCCGCUCGCGCUCGCGCCGCCGCCAGCGCCAGAUGCAGGCGGCCGCCGCCGCCGCCGCAGCGGCGGCCUCUUCCUCUUCCCCAUCCGCCAACACCUCUCCCGCAGCCGCGAGCGCCGCCACCGUGCAGGUGGGCCUCCCGCCCGGCGCCGUCGUCCACACCAUGGCCAUGGGUGGGAGCGCGUGCCAGUACGAGCAGCAGGCGAGCUCGUCGUCGUCGUCCGGCAGCACGGGAGGUUCGUCGCUGGGGCUGUUCGCGCACGGCGCGGGGGCCUCCGGCGCCGGCGGGUACCUGCAGGCGUCGUGCGGCGCGUCCGCGUCGGCGUCGUCGGCGCUGGCGCCCGGGCUGAUGGGGGAUGUGGUGGACAGCGGGGGAAGCGACGAUCUCUUCGCCAUCUCGAGGCAGAUGGGGUUUGUGGGGAGCCCUCGCUGCUCGCCGGCCAGCUCGCCGGCGACGCCGAGCUCCGCGGCCACCGCCGCGCAGCAGCAGUUCUACUCAUGCCAAUUACCUGCAGCGACGAUCACGGUGUUCAUCAACGGAGUCCCAAUGGAGAUGCCGAGGGGUCCAAUAGACUUGCGAGCCAUGUUCGGCCAGGAUGUGAUGCUCGUCCACUCUACUGGGGCCCUCCUCCCAGUCAACGACUAUGGAAUCCUAAUGCAGAGCCUCCAAAUCGGAGAGAGCUACUUUCUGGUCGCUAGGCCACCUUAAAAACGAGUUCUCGAUCUAUCCUUGCAGUAGAUAGUCAGAUAUAUAUCUCUACUCGAUACUCAUUGGAUCAGAUGCAUGAGCCGGCCGGGGUGCAGCUAGUUCUCAGUUAAUCAUCAAUCAAGAAUGCUGUCUUGGAUUCAAGACCUUGGAGUAUGUCUAAAUCGAUCAAUCGUCUAUCGAGAACAAGACUAUAUAUAUUAGCUAGGUACGAGAAGCAAAUUAAUGCAUGCAUUGCAGCAUAUCGAUCGGCAAAAGUACAACUACGUACUUAUAUAUAUGCCCCUUAAUUAAAAACCUAUGAAAGCGUGGGCGGUCGAGUUUGUUGUCCUUAGAAUACAGAUUACAAUAUGGUCGCGUCUCUUCUCAUCAUUUUCACAAUUCCAUUACAAUAUGCAUGUAUGCAUGCCUGCCCUUGGCAGUCGAGCUAUAUAUAUUCUUUAAUUUGUGCUAGCUAUAGAUGCACGUUUGUAUUGUUUUUUUUUACCGUGUGAUGUAAUGCUAUAUGUGUCAGCCAAACGCGCCUGGAAUGUUGGUGCUUGAUUCAAGGCCGGUUGGAAUUUAAACUACCAUUUUUCUUUGUACUUAAUUUGUCUUUAGCGUGCAGCUAGCCGUGCAUAUGUCGGCAAAGGCUUGACUCCUUUUCACUCUACAGCUAAGCUAUCAAUGUUCAAGUGUAUACUAUAUAUGAUAUCAACAAUAUAUUGAGUAGUGAAGAUUCUAAUGUUUGUAUGCAUCAUGCAUAUUUCAAAUAA